AUGUAAUAUAAUCCUUUGUAGUUAUUAUUGAGCUUAUUAGCUGCAAGAGAAGAAGUUAUAUUUAUGAUCAGAAUAGUAGGUCAUUAAAUGCAUGAAGAUUGUAGAAAUAAAUUAGGAACAUUAAGAGAAAUAUAAGAAGAAAUUAUUAGAGGAGAAUAAAAAAGAGAAAAUUUAGAAAAUCAUUUGUUUUUAGAUUUAAGUGAAAGUUAUAGAAAGCUUUUUCUUCCUAAAAUAAUUUAGAAAUAUAUUAAAAUAACUUAAUUUUAUUUAGUUAAGACUCAGGUAAGCUAUUUUGAAUUAACAAAUAGAUUUACUUUCCAAAUUAAGGAUAAGUGGUUUGCUCUGAAGUUAUUAAUUAACCAAAUAUAAGAAAUUCCAUAUAACAUAUUCUACAUGAAUCUCUUGUAAAUAUAUUGAAAUUUAUUUGUUCUCUUCAAAAACAAAAAUUAAAACAGGAACUUGCAUAAAUGUUCAAUUAUGAAUAGUAUAAACCUAUUUAAAAUCAAGAGAGGACCGUUGUAAUAGAAAUGAAAAGUUCUUUUGUGAACCACUUGUCUUGGGAGUAAUUGGAUUACGUUAUUUGAAUGAAUUACAUAAAAAAUACUGUUAUUCUGUAUGCAAACAUAGUAAUCGAAAUGUUUAUGAAGUUCUUGCUAUAGAUGAUAAUUCUAAACAAUUAUAUCUUUAAGGAGGAGGUUAAUAUUCUCUAUAUUAAUUAGGAUUUUCCAGUUUUAUUAGGAGUAUUACUAAAUUAAAGGAUAAAUCUGCUGAUAACACUUAAUCUGUAUAUAUACCAAUUGAAAGCACCCUUGAAAUAAUAACAUAAAGAUAUGAAAAACUACUUAAAGAAAUUAUGGAUUAAAAUUUUCAUGUUCAAAAAUCAGUUAAUAGGUAUUAUGAAUAAUACAAAAAAUUUAAAAUGAAGCCUUUAUUAAUAAAAGGUUAUGCUACUCCUAUAAAAAAUGGUCCAGAUUUUAAGUCUUAAAGAAUAUAAAAGAGAUAAAUUGAAUCUGGUCCUGUCUUAAGUGAUAUGGGAAGAUAUUCUGAACCUAUAACUAAAAAUCCAUUAACAUCAGAUUAUCUAAACUCUGUAAGAUCUAAAUAGGCAAAAUGUAGAACAUCAAAAUAAAGUGAUAUUAUUCUUAGUGGAUUCAUAUCACCAAAAUAAUAAACCAUUGUCAGAAAGAAUAGGAGUUUAAAAAAUUAUGAUCCCAAUUUAUUGAAACCAACAAUCUUAUAAAAUUAUUAUGAUUCUAACUUUAGAAUUAAUUUUAGCAUUAAAAAAUAAACAUGA